AUGGCCUCCCUUGCUGCAGCAAAUGCAGAAUUUUGCUUCAACCUGUUCAGGGAGAUGGAUAAUAACCAAGGCACCGGCAACGUGUUCUUCUCCUCGCUGAGCAUCUUCACCGCCCUGGCCAUGAUUCGGCUGGGCGCGCGAGGUGACUGUGCCUCUCAGAUCGAUAAGAUGCUGCAUUUUAGUGCCAUCUCGGGGCGUGGGAACUACUCUGAUGCUCAGUCAGGACUCCAAUCUCAACUGAAAAGAGUUCUCUCCGAUAUAAACUCAUCCCACAAGGAUUAUGAACUCAGCAUUGCCAAUGGUCUUUUUGCAGAAAAAGUGUUUGACAUUCACAAGAACUUUAUUGGGUGUGCUGAAAAGCUAUACCAUGCCAAAGUGGAACGGAUUGACUUUACACAUGAUGUAGAAGAUACCAGAUAUAAGAUUAAUAAAUGGAUAGAAGAUGAAACACAUGGAAAAAUCAAGAACAUUUUCCCUGAAGGCAGUAUAAGCUCAUCUGCUGUGAUGGUGAUGGUGAAUGCUGUCUACUUCAAAGGCAGGUGGAAGUCUGCCUUCACCAAGAGAGACACUCUCAACUGCCAUUUCAGAUCUCCCAAGUGUCCUGGGAAAGCAGUCUCCAUGAUGCAUCAAGAACAGAAGUUCAACUUAUCGAUCAUUAAUGACCCACCGAUGCAGGUCCUUGAACUCAAGUAUCUCGGUGGCGUUAGCAUGUACAUAAUGCUGCCUGACAACGAGCUCUCCCAAAUCGAAAGCAAACUGAGCUUCCGGAAUCUAAUGGACUGGACCAAUCCCAAGAAAAUGAGGCCUCAGUAUGUGGAGGUAUUCCUUCCACAGUUCAAGAUAGAAAAAAACUAUGAACUCAAGCAUGAUUUACAAGCCCUGGGGCUGAAGGACAUCUUCGAUGAAUCCAGAGCUGACCUCUCUGGAAUUGCUGCCGGAGGCCGCCUGUAUUUGUCCAAGCUGAUGCACAAGUCCUACAUUGAGGUGACGGAGGAUGGGACGGAGGCUGCAGCUGCCACAGGAAAUAACAUUGUGGAAAAGCAGCUCCCUGAGUCCACAGUGUUCAGAGCUGACCACCCAUUCCUGUUUGUCAUCAGGAAGGGUGACAUCAUCUUGUUUAGCGGCAAAGUCUCCUGCCCUUGAAAAUUCAGUUGGUUUCUAUUAUAACUGUGCUUGCACUAUCAAGGAACCACUGCCAGUGACAGAUCUGAGAUCAAUUGGAAGCAAGGGAGGGUUCCUUUGCGUUUACUUCCUUCUAACAGUGCUUGGCAGGUGAUUUUGGUGGCUUGACUCUUCUCAGACACCUGGUUGAUUGUCCCCACCUCAGCUCUUAGUCUUUCUACACCAUCUGCCAUUUCUAAUCCCGUCUAUCUACCCUCACUCAUUUCCACCACUCCCCCAUAACCACUUCUUGCACACAGAUCUGGACAUCAUCUGGGAAUUACAGAGUGUCCGAUAGUGACGGCAAUGUAGACUCAGACCUGGGGGUCAUUCCUGAAAUGCUAUACUUGUCACAGACACUCCAGCUUCACCUAAAUCCCAGGGACUAAGCUCAAUUGUUCGAAAUAAAUGUGAAGGGUCAUUUCCCUUGCUGACCUAAGAAACCAUUAGCAUUUAAUGCAGGGUCUCAUCAAAUAUGCACUUGAUUAUAUGAAAAAAAAAAAGAAAAAGAUAGAAACACCAUCUUACACCUUACACAAAAAUUAACUCAAUAUCAUAUUAAAGACAUGGCUGUGAGAAACUAUUAAAUACACUGAACAAAAAACAGGCAAAACUCUCCAUGCUGCUGACUUCAGAAACGUUGUUGGGGACGCACUUGCAAUGACAGUGAUGCAAAGGCGAAGCUAAACAAUUGGGAUCACAUCACACUAAAGCGCUGUUGCACAACAGAAGGCAACCUGCCAGAUGGGAGAGCAUAUUUGCACGUAAUACUUUUGACAAAGAACUGACACCCCAAAUAUAUAAAGAACACAUACAGAUCAACACAAAGAAAGCAGUCAAACAUUUGGCAAAAGAGCUAAACAGACACUUCUCCAAAGAAGACAGACAGAUGGCCAGCAGGCACAUGGAAAAGGCUCAUCAUCAGUAUCAUAGGGACAUGCAAAUCAAAGCCACAAUGAGAUACCAUCUCACACCCUUCAGAAUGACACAAGAGACGAGGAACAGGUAUUGGCGAGCAUGUGGAGGAAAUGAACUCAUAUGCUUUAGGUGGGAGUAUAGACUGGUCUGGCCUCUAUGGAAAACAGUGCAGAG